UUUCAGGACAGCUCGAGAGUUGUCAUUCUUCAUCACCGAUAGGUGAUAGGCACUUAAAAGUCGAGUCAAACAGGAGUGGAACUCACAUAUCAGUACUUUGAGUCACUGGAGAGGAAAUAUACAUCCCCGAUAAAAUCUCCGAUUAAUGACGCCUGGAACGCGCACUCACCGUCUAAGGAAUUCACUUAUACGACGGACUUACGAGCACACACAUGAUAACAUUUUUGGAUGGAAUUUUUUACACUAUGAAAAAAGGUUCUCUAUUCUAAUAACGGAUACAGCGAUGGGAUUGGAAGGAUAUCAUCUGACGAGACUGAACCUAAUUACUAUACCUGAGUUGACGAUAGCGGGCACCAUGACGAAGAUGAAUUCGACCGAAGACCCAGGAACCCCUAAAGAGUGCAAAUGGGAGAGGUGACGUAUCACCCAGUGAUGCGUAAGCGGCGUGGAGUGGGCAGCGCCUUUUUGGGCCUCCUCGUGGGCCUGAUCCUGGGUUUUCUGAUUCUCAGCUACCGUCUGAUUGUCUUUAAUCAGCAGCAGCAGAUCGCCAUUUGGACUUCCAUGCCCGUUUUUCGAUCAUCAUUAAAAACAUCAGCGCAAAACAUGCCAUGGCUGAAAGAUGACGAGCGAAUCAACAACUCCACUUCGAAUCUGGUGUUUGUGGGCGUAAUGACAGCUCAAAAGUAUCUGGACACGCGAGCCAAAGCCGUCUACGAGACGUGGGGCAAGGAAUUACCCGGUAAAAUAGCCUUCUUUUCGUCAGAGUUUUCGACGGUUCCUGAAAACUGUCCAGAUUUACCUCUAGUGCCACUUCCACGAGUAGAUGACACCUAUCCACCGCAAAAAAAGUCCUUUAUGAUGUUACAAUACAUGUGGAACAACUUUGGCGAUCGUUUCGAAUGGUUUUUGAGGGCUGACGAUGAUGUAUACGUGAGGCCAGAUCGAUUGGAAACGCUGCUGAGGUCUGUCGAUUCUCGAAGGGCAAUGUACAUUGGACAGGCCGGCAGAGGAAACUCGGAGGAGUUCGGACUACUAUCGUUAGAGUACGAUGAGAACUUCUGCAUGGGUGGCCCGGGAGUAGUGCUAUCCAGGGAGACGCUUAGGAGGAUCGUGCCACACAUCAAGUACUGCCUGCGUCAUUUGUACACCACGCACGAGGACGUCGAGCUGGGAAGAUGCGUAAAAAAGUAUGCUGGAAUCCCUUGCACUUGGAGCUACGAGAUGCAGUCGAUUCUUUAUCACAAUAGCAGCGGGGCCCAGGCGUUCACCGGAAAUCUCAAGAAGAAGGAGGUUCAUCGUGCCAUUACUUUGCAUCCUGUGAAAAGUCCGCCUCACAUGUACAGACUCCACAAUUAUAUGAGGGGAUUGCAAAUACAAGACCUGCAGCAAGAGAGGAUCCGUUUGCACAGAGACAUUUACACGAUGGCCCAGGUGUUGGGGGUGAGCCUGGAAGCCUUGAAGAGCUACGAAAUAGCGGAAGGCAUACGUCUCUUUCCGGUCGAUCCUAAUUCUGAGGAUUAUCCCGGCGACACGGACAUACUGGGUGUGCCGGCGAGUCUUCGUUCGUUCAAACCAGCUACGAGUGACGAAGUGAUCCCGUGGGACUUUCUCUUGAAAUUGGAAUACAGUUUGACCGAUUCUAAUCCCAGGCGACGUAUUCAUAGCGACAUCAAAGAAGGUCUAGAAGAUAUUACGAGAGAGGUCAUGGCUUCCAUUAAUUCCUAUUCAAGGCAACGGGGUCGCGUAGUUGAAGAACGGUCUGCUCUUUAUGGAUACAGGAGGGUAAAUUCUUACGGAGCUGAUACAAUAUUAGAUCUUCUGUUGGUCUAUCGAAAGUACCGAGGCAGGAAGAUCACUCUUCCCGUUCGAAGACACGUUUAUCUCCAUCAACAUUUUACUGGAUUAGAGAUGCGCGAAACAAUAAAUGGUGUCGAAGUUCAACCUCGACAGAAAUCAGACAACAAAUCUAUUCGUAAUUUAUUCCACGGUGGCUUCCUGAAUUUCAAUUUCAACUCUCAAGAGGAAGAUCCGGUGCAAAGCAAGAUCAUCAAUUUUAUCCUACCUCUGUCAGGCCGUUACGAGGUCUUCCAAAGGUUUCUUCAGAACUACGAGGAUGUCUGCUUGACUAGCGGCGAAAAGACAUCACUGCUCGUUGUACUCUAUCAGCACAAAAGUGAGAACACUUUCAACAAAACAAUAGAUCUGGUUGAACAGCUCAAAUACAAAUAUCGCAGUGCUAGCAUAGAGCUUCUACUGGUCUCCGGGGACUUUUCGAGAGCUCGAGCUCUGGACUUGGGUACAUCAAAGUUGCAGGCCGAUGAUCUAAUGCUGUUCAUCGACGUGGACGUCGUAUUUACGAGCUCGGCACUGAACAGAAUACGCUUGAACACGCUACUAGGGCGAAGAAUAUAUUUUCCGAUUGUCUUCAGUCAAUAUGAUCCUAAAGUCGUUUACAGCGACGCCAAGAAGCUAGACAAAUUCAUUAUAAACGAGAUCUCCGGACACUGGAGACAGUAUGGUUUCGGAAUAGUUUCGCUGUAUAAGUAUGACUACCGUACUGUGGGCGGUUUGGAUCUCUCGAUUCAAGGCUGGGGCAAGGAAGACGUCGAAUUCUUCGAGAAAGCAGUCAAGUCAGGUCUUGAUAUCUUCAGGGCGGCCGACAGGCACCUGGUGCAUGUAUAUCAUGAGAUAGAGUGCAGCAGAGAGCUCUCCAGUCUCCAAUUUUCCAUGUGCAUGGGAUCCAAGGCUGAUACGUACGCCGGAGUCGAAACUUUGGCCAAUAUGAUUUACAGUAAUCCGAACAUACUGCGUUUCGCCAAAGAGAGGAGACAGAAGAAAACGAACCCUGCUGGUUAAUGGAUCUACCAAAUUGGAAUUAUCGGCUGUUGAAUACAAUUUUAUUAGAAAUCGUAAGGAAAAUUGUAAAAAUAUUUUUCUCGUUACACACUCGCCUCGAUAAUAGCUUCAGUCACGCGAAUGUAACAUUAAAGGGAAUAAUACUGAAUCAUGACUUUUCGGGUGCCAGAGUAUCUCGUUAGUCGUAGUGUUUGUGUAAAUAUGGAGUAUGUCUGAGUCAUGAAAGCAAAUAAAAAAUCAAUAUUGAUAUUUUAUUGUAUAACGAAAUGUAUAUAUCGAAGCUUUAAUCGAGAAAACAAUUUUUAAAAGUUUGAUCAAAAAACAUGGUGUCACAAUUUUCGAAAAAAAUAGAUAGAAAAUAGAUAGAUCUGGCGAUCGAUAAAGAUCACCAAAGUCAUUGCAAGCAUCCGCGGUAAAAAAAUAUUCAUAAUAUCUCAUAAAAUUUCUUA